AUUAUAAUGCUGCAGAGAGAAAACUUGAGAGGGGAACAAGUCGCUUUGCCACAGACUUCACACAGGAAAUCUGAGAUUCAGAGCAACUUAUAUUUUGGCUUGUAAUCGUCGAUCAUGGGGUGAUCCAGAAAUAAACUCCGCACUUCAAAGAGGGAGAGAGUUCAGAGCUGCUCUGCAGUUUAUCAACACACAGAGACGGGAGAGAGAUGCACCCGAAAGGGGAUUUUCUGAAUUAAGAGUUCACCAAGGAAAAUCACUUCGGGGUAAACUUUGUUAGCUACAGAAGCUAUAAGGUGUUUGGAGCCGUCUCUUUCCGACUUAACAGGGAAGAUGGCGACACAGGUCACGGUGGCCAGGAAUUCUCAGACGGGAGCUCUAGGACAUGAGGACUACAGCCUCUAUAGCAGUAUGAGCGAAGAUGAGCUCAUUGAGUUGGCCAUCCAGCAAAGCCUGACAGAAGACCCUGCAGAACAAACAGCUACACAGAAGACAACCACGCCGACCCACAACGACCCUUAUUGCCAGAAUUUCUACCUUUACCCUUGGCAAAGGCGAUCAGCACAGAAUCAAGCAGCCAGUUCAGGGGUCAGACAGAGGUACGAUGGCAGCCUGUUUAAAACACCCCAGCCGGAAGUGCUGGAUCCUGUGGUGUCAGCAAUCCAGAGAGGAGAUGAAAACGCACUUCUUAAAAUGAUGCAGUCGGGGAAAAACCUUGCACAGCCUAACAAAGAUGGAUGGUUGCCCCUCCACGAGGCUGCUUACUAUGGACAAGAGCGCUGCUUGAAACUGCUGUAUAAAUCUUAUCCUGGGCUACUUGAUCAGCGUACGCUUCAGGAGGAAACGGCGCUCUACUUAGCAACAAAUAGAGGGAAUCUUGAGUGUGUCCGUUUAUUGCUGCAGGCUGGAGCAGAACCUGAUAUUGCAAACAAAGCUAGGGAGACUCCACUUUAUAAAGCCUGUGAACACAGAAAUGCCGAAGCUGUACAGGUGCUGUUGGAGUACAAUGCUGACGCGAACCAUCGCUGCAAUCGCGGGUGGACUGCCCUCCAUGAAGCUGUCGCUCGGAAUGACUUGGAAAUAAUAGACCUUUUGGUCAAAGGAGGUGCCAAGGUCGAAAGCACAAAUUCCUACGGGCUCACUUCCUUUUUCGUGGCAGCUGAGAGUGGCCACUUAGAAGCCUUGCGAUACCUUGCCAAGUGCGGUGCUGACAUCAAUACCCAGGCCAGUGACAAAGCGUCUGCCCUUUUUGAAGCUUGUAAAAAUGGACAUGAGGAGAUUGUGGAGUUUCUCCUGUCCCAAGGAGCUGAUGCUAACAAAACCAACAAGAAUGGCCUCUUGCCUAUUCACGUGGCCUCCAAAAGAGGCUAUUAUGAGAUUGUGAAAAUGCUGCUCCCGGUCACCAGCCGCACUAGAACCAAACGCAGUGGCAUCAGCCCUCUGCAUUUGGCAGCUGAAUGCAACCGCGACGAUGUCUUGGAAGAGCUGGUUGAGGCUGGCUUUGACGUGAACUUCACUCUCUCUCCUGAGCGCUCGCGGCUCUACGAGGACAGGCGCACCACUGUCCUCUACUUCUCCGUUUUUAACAACAACGUUGAAGCUGCUCAGCUGCUGCUUGAGGCUGGGGCCAAUCCCAACGUCGACCUCAUCAACCCCCUGCUCAUCUCCAUCCGCCAUGGCUGCUUGAAGAUGAUAAAGCUGCUUAUUGACUAUGGAGCCAAUAUUGAUGCCUACGUCGCUUCCCAUCCAACCACCUUCCCUGCUACCAUCAUGUUCUCGAUGAAGUAUCUUUCUCUGCUGAAAUUUCUGAUGGAUCUAGGCUGCGAUGCCAUCUCUUGCUUUAAAUGUCAGUAUGGGUGUGGCCCACAUCCUCCCAUUGAAGCUAAGAGAGACAGGUAUCAUGAUCCCCAGGUGAAUAAAGAGCAGAGCAUUGUACAGUUUUGUGAAAUGGUAUCAACUCCGGAGAUGAGUCGUUGGGCUGGGCCUAUUAUCGAUGUUCUUCUGGAUUAUGUGGGCAAUGUGCAACUUUGUUCCAGGCUCAAGGAGCACAUUGACAGUUAUGAAGACUGGGCUGGCAUUAAAUACAAAGCAGAGCCACCAAGGCCACUUGCUCACCUCUGCCGGAUCAAAAUUCGAAGUCUGAUUGGGAAGAGCCGUAUUUCUCUUAUUGACACUUUGCCUCUUCCAGGGAGACUGAUGCGCUAUUUACAAUAUGAUUAUACUCGCUGACCUAAGGUGAACUUGGCAGUCAAUCAUUUGCUAGAGUGACAGCCACAAGAUGGAGACAGACUGAGAUAAUGGAAGGAAAGGCCGGCUUUGCUAUCUAAGAAGGAAAAAGGAUAUCUGAAAAUCAGAAUUGCAGAAAAGGCAAAUCCAACAGUAUUUAGAGUAUAGAAAAUAAGUGAAGAAGUUGGGAUUAAAGACACUGGUAGCACAUGGCAAGAAAGUGCUAUGCUAUUUUGUAGAGAGAAACAUUAAAAGUUCUAAACACCUCAGUAUCACAUGUUAAGGAGAAUUUGGAAGAGUUCACAAGACACAAGCAAUCCCUAAGUAUGCUCUCACACAGACAAAUGUAAUGUAUAAACCAGAUGAUUCCACACAAUUUUAAUAAAUGUAGUGGCAUUUAUUUUGUUUUUGCACCUGUGGCAAUCACAUGAAUUAUUGUCAACUAUAUUCAUCAUCUGCCAGUUCACACAUUGUAUUUGUCUGCAUAACUGGUUGUACACCAGAAGCAAUCAGGAUUGCUCACAUGGACAGCAAAUGUAUUUCUGGAAUGGUCCUAUAUUCAAAAGCAUCUCACUCUAAUGCAAAGAUCUAAAAUUCCCCAGUAAUAGUUACAUUUCAAUUACCAAUUAGUUGAGCUGCAGUUUGGUUUAGUUUGCAGGAUUGAUCAAACCUUCUGGCUGCUAUUUGUGUCUCAUUUGAUACCACCUUACAUUUUUGUCUAGUUUAGUUGGCCUUUCUGGAUAUAUAGUUGACUUUCUUCCUUAGUGAUCAAAGUCUUUGACAAUAUUUUUGUUCCCACGUUAGUCAUUUAGUAAAUACUGGAUCUCGUAAAAAAAUUGUGACCCCCAAUUAAAAUUAAACAAAGACUUAACAAAGUGUGUGAGCUGAAGGAUUUAACCCACAAUAAUUAUGUGUAUUAUAUUAAAUAGGCAAAGGAACGAGGUGGAAUUCUGUUUUAGUUUAUUAUACUACAUCAGCCUUCAAUUCUUAUGUCACUGAAGCCAAUGGUAUUUAACCCUUCUGUUAAAGCAGUAAUGAAGGAAAGAGCUGAUUCAGCACUUGCAUUGCUUUGGAAAGAAGAAAAUGAUCGAUGUAUUGUUGCUGCAAAACACUGGCAGUUAUUUGCAGGGCUUCAGAAAAACAAUUGAAUCCGCUUCAGUUCAAAUACUCUGGCAUAACUUGGGUUGUGAUUUGGGAACUCAGAUGCUUAGCUGGAUGAUGCCUAAGCAACAAUCGAAGCAGAGUAUUUUUAACACUGAAUGACUUACAGUUUGUAUGUAUGAAGCAGUAACUAAGUUUGCUGUUAAACCUUAGAACAAUUCCUUCAAAGUGGAACCAUGACUUGGCUGAGAUGCAUUUAAAUGAGCUAAAUAGGCCAUUGUGAGGCAAAUUGUCCACCCACUUUCACUGAUGCCUGUGAUUAUCUUCCAUUGGCAUUCUCUUCAUGUUGAACCCUUUCAUGAAGAAGUGUCAUGGUUUUAACCCUUCCUUUACCAGCCAUUUCUUUACCAACGCAUACCAGUGAAAUAGAUCUCUCAGGUAAAUACAAUUUGUCCUCCACUUGCUGUAGUUCAAGGUUACAGCCGUUAGUUAUUGUCUGAGAAGAGUGACAACAGGAACAACCCUAGUGACUCUGAAGCUGAGGCACCACAGCAGAAUCAAGCACAUCAUUACAUGCAUCUCAAAAGAGCUUGGUGGAGAUGCCCAAAAUAGACUGCAUGGCACUUUUUGCAGAGAGAAUGGUCUCAGAUUUUCACAUUUGAAAGCAGGGGUAGGGUGUAAUAAGGAACACAUAGCCCAGGUUUGACUACUGAGUAAAAAAAAAAAAAUACAAUUCCCAUGUACAGUAUAGUAACAAGGCUUCAGUUUUGUUUAUAGCUUGAAAUGUUCUAACUGGUUGUGAAUGGAACAACAGUACUAAUUCUUGAACUAACAGUCCAGGGUUUAUAACAUAUAGGAGUGUGGUCAGCUCCUUUUUUUUUUUUAAAGAAACUCUUUUAUCCAAGAUAUUGAAGAAAAAGAAGCAGAGACAAUACUCUCCCAGGCUUUUCUCCCAUCAUACAUGGAUGCGUAGCCUGGAGAUCAGACUUCCCCAUUCACAUGCACAUAUACUAGGAACAACCCUAGUUGAGCCGAUUGGAUCCAUAGUGCAAAAAGUUAGCACAAACCUCAGGAGAUAAAGGUGUCGCUAGCUAUGCGCAUAAAUUGGGGUGGGAGGUGGGGAAUAGUCUGCUUAAAAGCUCCCCUGACAAUUGUACUUUCACUGGAUUCUUUUCACCAUCUUUUCUACAUGGUUGGUUUACAUUUAUUUGCACAUAGUGCAUGCAUGCUACCUCUCCAACUCUCCCCCCCCCUCCAAUUUAGCAACAGAAAGCCAUUUACAGAAAGGUUUUCAUGCACAGGUUAGCUGGACUGGAUUUGAAAAAGGCUACUGGAUGAGUACAAGACUGUUUGAACACUGGGUUAAUGAAUGCAAAUCGGCACAAGUUACCCCACUUAAAUCCUCAUGCAGCAAUCUGUGCUGGGGAAAUAUAGGCCCAGUCUUUCUGCUGCACCAGUGAAUUCCUGGAUCUGGGGAACUGAAUUUUCACAACACACAUUUCACUAGUUAUACCAAAUUUGUACAAACUCAAGUGCCUUUUAUAAAAUUCAAUGGAGAUGUAUAGAAAUGGUUGUAAAUUUGAAAGGUAGAAUAUUUACUACUUUAUAUAACAAGUCCUGCAAUUCCAGGAUAUAGAAUGGUAGAAUGCAUUAACAGAUGGUCAAAAAAUCCUAGCCAGCAUAUAUAUUUAACAUGCAAGGAAUAGCCAAAGCCCCCGCCCCCGAAGAUUCUAGCAUUCUGUGACCUGAUUGAUGUAUUAUUUCCAUAGGCAUGUGUGCAAUGAUUGUGUCAUAAUGCACUUUUGAAGCCUUUAGUUUUGUUACUAUAGCUUUUAUAAACUGUGGGGUUUGGUCGGGAGGGAUGGGUGUGUGCAGUAUUGAUAAAAGUGUUAUAUUUUUAGGUUUUAUUGCCUGCAUUAAAUAUGAGUAAAAGUA